CAUCAAUUUUAUCAUCUUCAUCUUCAUCUUCAUCAAUGGAUCGGGUCAAUUUUCGGACCCAAAUCUUAGCCCGGCAUCUUUACAACCACCAAAACCCCAUAACCACAAAUCUUGACGCCACCCCAUGUGUCAGCUACACUCCACCUGAACUAACAGAGCCACAAUCUGAAUUUGACACAAAAUCACUAAGAAAACUAUUAGAUGGAAAUAGUAUACAAGAUAUAGAUUAUAUAUAUAACUUAAUGAUACAGAGUACUCUGUUUUGCCCAAGAAACAGGGGAGGGAAAGUUUUUGUUUCACCUGAUUAUAAUCAGUCAAUGGAACAACAAAGAGAAAUGACCAUGAAAAGAAUUGAGUAUUUGAGAAAUUUAGGUGCUUUUAAUGGUUGGUUUGAUAAAAAAGGAUUUGAAGGUGAUUUGUGGAGAUUUGCACUUGCUGAAACUAUUAGUAUUUUUGAUCAUUCUCUUGGGAUUAAACUUGGUGUUCAUUUCUUUUUAUGGGGUGGUGCAAUCCGUUUCAUGGGUACAAAGCGCCAUCACGAUAAAUGGUAUAAGCCUACCGAGACUUAUGAAGUGAAGGGUUCUUUUGCAAUGACUGAAUUAGGACAUGGAAGUAAUGUCAGAGGCAUUGAAACGAUCACUCGAUAUGAUGCAAGCACCCAAGAAUUUAUCAUUAUUACUCCUUGCGAGUCUGCUCAGAAGUAUUGGAUUGGAGGUGCCGCUAAUCAUGCUACACACACAAUCGUUUUCUCACAGCUCGAGAUUGAUGGUGUGAAUCAAGGGGUGCAUGCUUUUGUAGCACAGAUCAGAGAUACAGAUGGAAAUGUCUGUCCAAAUGUCCGUAUUGCUGAUUGUGGUCACAAAAUCGGCUUAAAUGGUGUUGACAAUGGUCGAAUCUGGUUUGACAAUUUAAGGAUACCUAGAGAGAACUUGUUGAAUUCUGUUGCUGAUGUGUCACCAGAUGGGAAAUAUUUGAGUGCGAUAAAAGAUCCAGAUCAGAGAUUUGCAGCCUUUUUGGCCCCCUUGACGUCUGGGCGUGUAACUAUUGCUGCUAGUGCAAUGAACACAACAAAGAUUGGUUUAGCAACAACAAUAAGGUACUCUCUGUCAAGGAGAGCAUUUUCUAUCAUACCAAAUGAACCUGAAGUUCUCCUGCUCGAUUAUCCAAGCCAUCAGAGGCGUCUCUUACCUCUUCUCGCAAAAACAUAUGCUCUGACUUUUGCUUCAAACUAUCUGAAGAUGAUAUACGUGAAAAGGACACCUGAAUCAAACAAGACUGUCCAUGUUGUUUCAAGUGCACUCAAGGCUGUUUUAACCUGGCAUUGCAUGCGAACCCUUCAGGAAUGUCGAGAAGCUUGUGGUGGACAGGGCAUCAAGACUGAAAAUCAUGUUGGCCAUUUAAAAAGUGAGUACGAUGUUCAGUUAACUUUUGAAGGCGACAACAAUGUUUUGAUGCAACAGGUUAGUAAGGCACUCCUUGCGGAGUUUUUGGCGGCCAAGAAAAGGAACAAACCAAUUAGAGGUUUUGGACUAGAACACUUGAACAAACCGGCUCCCGUUAUUCCUUCACAACUCACAAGCUCAAUUCUAAGAACUUCUCAGUUCCAGACUGAGAUGUUCUGCUUACGCGAGAGAGAUCUAUUGCAUCGUUUUGUUACAGAAGUUUCACAGCAUCAAACUCAAGGAGAAAGCAAAGAACAUAUAUUCACAGUGACCUAUCAAAUUGCCGAGGAUUUGGGCAGAGCCUUCUCAGAUCGCUUAAUCCUACAAACAUAUCUUGACGUUGAAUCAACUGUUCCUGCAGGCUCUUUGAAGAAUAUAUUAGGUUUAAUGAGAUCAAUGUACACUACAAUUGUGAUGGAAGAAGAUGCAUCGUUUCUUCGAUAUGGCUACUUAUCAACAGCCAAUGCGGCAGUGGUUAGGAAAGAGGUCCCAAAACUGUGCAGUGAAUUAAGACCACAUGCACUUUCUUUGGUGAGCUCUUUUGGAAUUCCUGAUGCUUUCUUGGCACCAAUUGCUUUCAACUGGGUUGAUGCCAAUGCAUGGUCUUCAGUUUAAAGAUAAUAUACACAUUCAACUGUAGUCCUGUUUUCCAUAUGUAUUACAUGUAAGGACCCUUCACAUUCAACUGUAGUCUCGUUUUCCAUAUAUAUUACAAAUAAGGACCCUCUAUCUGUUGUAAAAUGAAGCAACAGAAGUUACUUCUGGUUUGCCGCCAUUUAUAUAGUUUUACCCUUUACCUAUUGUACACACAACGAUCAUUUGAUUAAUAAAAAGUUGCAUUAGCAUCA